UUUUAUUGUAAUUUUAUUUUAUUAGAAGAGAUCAUCUCAAUUUUUCGGUCCAAAUUUGAACACGCCAAAAUGCGUUAUCAUGUUGUUCCACCUCAAGUUGAUAUGCUUUUGGUUUCUAAAAAUUCUAGAGCUCAACGUAGAGUUUUGAGAGAUUUUGUUCCAAACAUUGGGCUAAAUUUUGUGGAUUACGGGAGACUUGGCGAAAUAGAUGACUUUUACUUUGACUGCCAAUCAUUUCGUGACUACUAUCGUGACCCUUAUAACAGAAUUAGUGUGCCUGCAUCAUUCCUUAAUCAGUGCAUUAAAUGUGGUGCACGGACCAGAGAUGUUAAUUCGGAGCUGCUUAGCCGUCCGACUAUUUGGGUCAAGGAGCCACGCCCGGUUGUUUUUGCCGUCGAUUACACUGCCAAGCCUUAUUUGGAAACUGGUUACAGCUUAGGUGGAAAGUAUGAUCCUAUUUGCUGCACUAAAUUCAAGCGUUAAAAGUAUGAAAAUCUAUGGUUUUUACUGAUAUCUUUCGAAGCUGUAAAACACUACAUAAAUUGCGUGUUCCAAAUGACAAUAAGUCUAUCUUGUCCAAAUAAUAAAAAGAAUAUUUGG